AUGUCUCAGCGCAGCAUGGUCUGUCUUGUGCAACCGAAAUUCUUCCAGUACUACAUUGAUCGGUUGUUUCUCCUGCGAGAUUAUCGCAAUAUCAUGGCAGCUGGCACAUGGGCCCGUGAAAGAACCAAAGAACGAUUAAAGAGGAAAGAUCACGAAAAGGACUUUUUUUCGUUGUUCAUAGAGGGCAAAAGCAACGACGGGUCCCUUCAGUAUAGCGAGAAAGAUAUGUGGGUCGAAAGCGUCCUUCUGCUAGCGGCAGGUGCUGAUACGACGUCUACCACACUGUGUGCCCUUUUUUUCCAUCUCCUGCACAAUCAAGAGGUUCUGCUGAAAGUCAUCGGGGAGAUCCGCACGAGUUUUACCGAGGAGGACGACAUCACCGGAAGUCAGUUAAAUCAUUGCGUAUACCUCGAUGCAUGCAUCAAGGAGACCAUGCGGCUCGUCCCAGCAGUACCAAACCUGUCUCCACGCGUUGUCAACUCCGGGGGGCUGACAAUCCGUGGUCGGUACAUUCCUCCUGGCACAAUCGUCGGAACAUCUCUCUACACGCUCAUGCGCAACUCGAAUUACUUUGAUCGUGCGGACGAGUUUUUGCCCGAGCGAUGGUUAUCGCGUGGGUGCCGAUCGCAACUUCUGAAGUUGGAGGGCUUUGAGCCUUUCGGAACUGGGCUACGGUCAUGCGUUGGAAUGAAGCUGGCAGAAUUAGAACUGAAAAUGACCAUCGCCCGGACGCUCUUUAAGUGCGACUUGAGGCUGUGCCCAGAAACAGCUCGAUACGAUGCACCGGCGGGAUUUUCAUUUAAGGGGUGGGCAGUUGCGAGUGGCGAGAAAAAUCAAAUUGGGAACAGUUAUGUUGCAAAUAUUGCAGAGGUUCUAGGAUAA